AUGAAAAGGAUUUGCGGCGGCUGCCCAGCCCCUGCCAUACCCCAGACCCACCUCAGUCCUGACUUAAUGCAGCGAGUCGUCUCAGCCGCCAGAGGGCGGUUCUCACAGAGCCUUAGACUCUAUGGUCCUUCUCGCCACUCCCAUGAGCAAGAGCGACCAGAAACCUCCUAUAUACUUCCGUUUCCGGGCAGGUCUCUUUCUUUCCGUGUCGAUUGCGCUCUCGCAAGCAUGGUGAACGUUCCUAAAACACGCCGGACUUUCUGCAAGAAGUGUGGAAAGCACCAACCCCACAAAGUGACACAGUACAAGAAAGGAAAAGAUUCCCUUUAUGCCCAGGGAAAGCGGCGUUAUGACAGGAAGCAGAGUGGCUAUGGUGGGCAGACGAAGCCUAUUUUCCGGAAAAAGGCUAAAACUACAAAGAAGAUUGUGCUGAGGCUUGAAUGUGUUGAGCCCAAUUGCAGAUCUAAGAGAAUGCUGGCUAUUAAGAGAUGCAAACAUUUUGAACUGGGAGGAGAUAAGAAGAGAAAGGGCCAGGUGAUCCAGUUCUAAGCUUCAUAUUGUUAUGUUAUGAAGACAAUAAAAUCUUGAGGUUAUGUUCACUUCAUUUGGUUGCAGUUGGUCUUUUAAGAUGGAAAUAAAGUACUGGCAUCAAUAAAAUUCCUCUUGUGGGGCAAUUUAUGCUUGA